AUGCGUUUAUUUCGAAUAUGUUUCCACAGGGUGCGACAAUCGUGGAGUAAUCAUUCAACAAGCAAUCCCGCCUUGAAAUGGUCACAAACCAUUCUCUUUUGGCUUCCGACUGGCAUCGUCUUCACAAAAUAUGGAUACACUAUGAAGCUUGUCACAGGUCGUAGCAUGCAGCCCACGCUUAAUCCAGAUGAAUCGCAGUGGAGGGACCUGGUUAUAUUCGACCGACUAUCGGUUGGCACUUUACAUCGCUAUGAACGAGAGGAUGUUGUGGCUCUUAGAUCACCCUAUGCGCUUGGACAGUUGCUGGUGAAAAGGAUCAUCGCGCUACCAGGUGACAUCGUGAAGACUCUCCCUCCAUACCCCGAUAAAGAGGUCGUCAUUCCUCAAGGUCAUGUCUGGGUAGAAGGUGAUGAGUCAUUUCAUACAGAAGAUAGCAAUCAUUUUGGACCUGUAAUAUCAUCUAUUGCGUUCUUUCGAGUAAUUCAUUGA